AUGGCGUGGAUACGAGCUUUUUCGACAAUUCCCUGGAGCCUCCAUCGGUCCACCAUUCUUGUAACUGCACCAGUUGCCAACACUGUUUUCGCUCGACAAGGUCGUCCUAGAGGCUUGAGCACUUUUGCGAGGAGGCGAAAGAUACCCGAUCGAAGAAUUACAUUUACUGCUCGCUUUUGUUCUACCGCCAAAACUGUCCAAGACGAAUUCCUAAAGGAACAGAAACAGGUCUUCAUUACAUACCUCACUGACUUGGAGGGAGACAAGCCAUACCUUGAUCGUUACGUCAAGAUUUCCAAAGUUCUUCGAUUUUCCUCACCGUCGUCUGAAUCUACAACCGAAUUCCCCUAUGACAAGUGUAUCGACUUUGCGACGGACAAUUCCAUGCUGGUAUUUGGAGGCGACUUGUGGGACAAGGGCGGCUUUGAUUUGUACGUGGCCCGGCAGCUCUUGGAUUUGAAGAGACGGUAUCCCAAUCGCGUCUUUUUCGUUUGCGGAAAUCGAGACAUCAAUAAACUGCGUAUCUUGCAAGAAAUGGGUUGGGAACAGAGAGAUAAUGGAAAAAUACCGGAUCAUCCCGGACUCAUGUGGUUUCAAGGGACUGGGCGUGUAGGGGAUCCAGAGGGACCACUUCCUUCAUCGGAUCCGGUGGAACGAUUAAAGUGGAUCUUGGGCAAUACCAUGGGGUCGCCGGAUGCCUUUGAAUUGCGCAAGAACGAGCUGGAAUGGGAGCGAGAACAACAAGAUACUUCAGCUGCUCCCGUUACCGAUUUUGACGUGGUCCAAUCGUACCGUAGAUCCUGUCACCCCAAUGGAGAAAUGGGAAAAUUCCUAACCAACUCGCAUUUAGCACUCUCCAUUGGGACCUUGUUGGUCUUGCAUGGAGCCCUACCUUUGACGGACGAGUAUAUGGCACCGCACCACAACAGCAGUAACAGCAGCGUCUGGGACGAUCUGACAUUUUGCAUGCCUUGGAUCAAGCCCGGAGAGUCGGCAGCCAAAGAUUAUGGUAUUAAGAGCAUUGACGAUUGGUUGGACGCACUAAACACAUUUUGCCACGAUCGAAUACAAGAAUGGAACCAAGAAAUACAGCGCCUGGAAAGCACAGGAGAAGGACCUCAAAUAUGGGCCCACAAAGGUGGUUAUGACCAUGGGCCUUCGUACGCAGGUAUUAUUCAAUAUGGCAUGGGCAUGACGCCCGAUCGACGAAAGAAUCCGACGGUGGUGUAUAACUCCUUCACUCCCCAAGGAAUGCCCCAUGCGUUUGAUCCCGAAGCGGAGAACAUAGCCAUGGCGCAAUGUACACGAGAAUUCUUUGAUCGGACCAAUGUGGAGCUGAUACUUACUGGUCACAAGCCACAAGGAGACAUGCCCAGUCCUAUUAGGGUAGAUUCCUCGGCAUGGGUUCUUUGCUGCGAUACGAGCUAUUCUGGAGACACGAUAUGGAUUCAAAACAAGAACGACGAAGAUGGAGAUCGAAGCAACAUUGGCCGUGGAGAGUCUCUAAGCUUUCGAGGUGAACAUGCCGUUAGUGAAGUGCUUGUAUCAAUUUCUGUGGAUGACCAAAACCAGAAUGCUUCGAGACUUGAUAGCGUCAUUUGCCAUGGAGUACUCAGUGAUGGUAGAGAGUAUGAAACCGUCAACUUGUUGGAUCACAAAAACAACUCUACAAUCGGGAAGAUUGCCCCAGACGCUGCGGUUCCAUCGAUUUCUGAUUCUCCACACCAAGGGCGAUGGUGGACAAAGACGAUAUUCUCAAAUGGCUCUUCUCUUUUUCAUGCUGGCGAAGGAUUCAAUGCAUGGAACUAUAUUUCAAAGCAAGAAACCCAGACCUAA